CUUGAUGUUAAACUUCUGCCUCAGACAUUUAGUUAUAGAAUAACAGGAUAAACUGCAUCUGUUACGAAUGAUUCAUGAAAUAUGUGCAAUGGAUGGGCAAAUCUUUCGGAGAUGGAUGAUUGCCAUUUACAUUAUUUCUACUUCAAUUUCUCAGUCUGACGGGAGGAGACCUGUGGAGGGACACUGGGGAGACUGGGGCCCCUGGUCCGGAUGUGCCGCCUCCUGUGGCUCCGGUAUUUCUACCAGGACAGCAAAAUGGAUUAUGAACGGCAUUACCACAGAGCAUCUAUUUUAUGAUCUCAUGGAAUGCUCAGCUGAGGUCAAUUGUCCUGCGGAUGGGUAUUGGGGCAUGUGGACAAGAUGGAGCAACUGUCCGGUUAUGUGCGGGGGUGGUGUUCAGAAGCGCCACCGGAAAUGUGACAAUCCUAAGCCGACCAAUGGAGGAAGGGAAUGUGGAGGGCGUGACUUUGAACAGCAGAUCUGCAACAAUAGAACAUGCCCAGGUAUUCCAAAAGAUUUUGAUCCGAUCAUAUGUAUGACUGAUGUUUUUAUAUGUAAAAGUGCUAAGUUCUGCAUCCCAAGAAAGUUUGAAUGUGAUGCUAAACUUGAUUGUGACGACGGAAGUGACGAAAUCGAUUGCGUAAUAGCUGUUCAAUCGGAAACUACAGACAAUUCAGGGUAUAGGUUGUUUACAUCAACAAAAGAGUUUAUUUUGUUAUUCACAAUAUUAAGACUUGUUUGGUCUUUAUAG